AUGCAGAAGAUCGAACUACUUGAAGCUGAAAACUCUUCCCUCAGGACUAAAAAUUCCACAAACAUAGACGAACGAGCGGCCAUGCAGAAUCGAGCUACACCAAGGUUCCAAACACUUUACAGGCUUGACGACAACGUCUGUCUUUCCGAACCCUCGUGGAAUAUUCAACCGGGGGCCCCACCGAGUUUGAAACCUCAGUCACCGCUGAAGAAUGUCAGUGCAUACCUGGAGAAAAAUACCAACAUCGCCUUUGUUAUCUACAAGGACUUCUCCUCCACCAAGACAAGCCAGAACUCUAAUGACGACAAGCCUAGCGAUGAUGUCCUCAGGUCUCCAGAGCCCAUACGUGAGACCAUCAAACUGACAUCGGACGAGAUGGUGGAGACUGUGAAGGAGUAUUUAAGACUACAUCCGGACUUCCUCCGGCAAUUCCCAGGCUUCGACCUUACCCAGGAGCUUUCAGCGCCUUACGUGCCGUGGUACUAUGCACGAACGAUACAUGAAGAUAUGAGGAAUUACCUGAGUCCUCGUCAGCAGGAACUAAUGAGUCUCCUGACCGAACGGAUUUGGGCCAUGUACGGAGAGGAAUACCGUGUUGUUGACGAAAAGCUUGAAAACGGCAUCGUAUCUUUGAAGCUCCUGGACUACUUCGUGCGUCCAGAUGACGUUUUGUUGCACUGGAAACACGGGCAAUAUGCAGGAGCCAUGGCAACGUCCUGGACCACCCAGAAAACAACGAAGGAAGUUGACGCCGAUGAUCUUUCGAAGUACGAAAUGAGCCUUCCCGGUGAUGGUACCAAAAAAGCCUUCUUGGCCACUUGCGCUGUCUCCUGUUGGUACUGGGGCUACGAUGGGCAAUUCCACCAGCGAGAUACAAGUCUUGAAGUGCGCCUCCUGACCUCAACGCCAGACGAAGAAGUAGAAAUCCGAAGUCUCCCAGUGUACCCGUUGAGGUAUGCACGUGAGGGCAUACAGGAGCUCCUCCGCAAGAGAGGUGAGACGAGAUGGGCUUGUCGAACUUCGAGGCUUGUCGAGUACUUUGAAGAUGGAUUGGCCAUGGGAGAAGGAGAGCGUCAUAUGAUUGACAAUGAUACUUUCGUUAAGCUUCAUCCCGAUCGUAUGGGGGGAAGCAUGAGGAGAUCUGUGCAAGUCCAGGAACGGACCGAUAGGUCAAAAGUAAUCAAGAAGUCAGGGCCAGUCGGCGACGAGAUUUACUUAUUUGAGCACCAAAUGGCGGGCUACAACAUGCGUCUCAAGAAAUGGGUGGACAUCAAUGUCGACUUGGUCCGGGAUGUAUCUUGGGACAAAAAGGCUUUCGAUGCCCUUGUCCUCGGUGAAAAAACCAAGGAGUUGAUUGAGGCUUUAAUCAGGACGGAGAUCGCCUCUGAAAAGGCGACCGACAUUAUUCGAGGCAAGGGUCGUGGGCUUAUAAUGCUUCUGCAUGGCGGCCCAGGUACCGGGAAAACAUUCACUGCUGAGACAGUCGCUGAGAUCGCCGAAAAGCCGCUGUACCGGGUGACGUGCAGCGACAUCAGUACCGACCCUGAACAGGCCGAAAAGUACCUGGAGGCUGUUUUACACCUGGGCAAAAUCUGGGGAUGCAUCGUGCUACUGGAUGAAGCAGAUGUAUUCCUUGAGGAGCGCAGUCUCUCAGAUAUUGGGAGGAAUGCUCUUGUGUCAAUGUUCCUACGCGUCUUGGAGUAUUACGACGGUAUCCUCAUCUUGACUUCGAAUCGAGUGGGCACAUUCGAUGAAGCAUUCAAGUCCCGGAUCCAACUCGCGUUGCACUAUAAGAACCUGACGGAAGCACAAAGGAAAAAAAUAUGGCGCAACUUUCUGAACCGAUUGAGAGACAUAGGCGAAGGGAAGAGUAUCGAUCUCGAUGAUAUCCGUGACAACAUUGACCAGCUGGCAAAAUACAAGAUGAAUGGGCGACAGAUCAGAAAUUCCAUCACUACAGCAAGACAGUUGGCAGCGUUCAGAAAAAAGGUCAUGUCUUAUGAAGAUCUGGAACAUGUGAUCAGCGUGGCCGGAGAAUUCGAGGACUAUCUAAGAGAUGUGAAGGAGGGUGUGUCCGACGAUCAAGCUGCUCGGGCGGACGGGAGAAGAUGA